AUGAAGACCAUUAUAAUUUUGCUGGUGGCAGCAUUGGCUGCUGGUCAACGAUUUCAGCAGACAGUUCCUGAUGUCGCUGUGAAACUUGCUGGUGCAGGUUUCUUCCAAAAGGGCGGCUCAUUCUCCAGUUCCAGUGCUAGUAGCUUCCAGAGGAAUAAUGGAUUCCAGAAUGCAGGAUUCGGCAGUAAUUCCCAGUCCAGUUUUUCAUCUGGGAACGUCGCUAGCAGUAGCUUCUUUACUCCUAGCAGCAAUGGCGUCGGUCCCAGUGGACGCUUCCAAUCAGGCUCACAAGGCUCUGGAUUCACGUCUAGUUCUUUUGGAAGUGGAUCCCAAUUUAGUUCAACAGGAUCAUCAGGCAGCAAUGGGUUUGGGUUUGGUUCCUCAAGAGGAUCUGGAACACAGUUUGGUUCUUCUCUUGGCAGUGGAAUUCAGUCUGGUUCUCAGACUCCUUCUGGAAAUAGUGGCAAUUUCCAAUCCAGUACAUUUGGCAGUAACACUGUAAAGCUCUCCACAGGUGGAUCCGGUUCUACCUUUAACAGUGGCUUUGGUUCUGGUUCUUCCAGUGGUCAGUUCCAAUCAGGCUCAUCAAGUGGCAGUGGAUUUGGGUCUAGUUCCCUUAGCAGUGGUUUUGGGUCUGGUUCGGGCUCCUUCAGCAGUGGAGCUGGUUCUUCCCUCAGCAGUGGAUUUGGAUCUGGCUCUUCCAGUGGUCAAUUCCAGUCAGGCUCAUCAAGUGGUAGUGGAUUUGGGUCUAGUUCCCUCAACAGUGGUUUUGGUUCUAGCUCCUUCAGCAGUGGAUCUGGUUCUUCCCUCAGCAGUGGAUUUGGGUCUGGUUCUUCCCUCAGCAGUGGAUCUGGUUCAAACUCCUUCGGCAGUGGAUCUGGUUCAAACUCCUUCGGCAGUGGAUCUGGUUCAAGCUCCUUCAGCAAUGGAUUUGGCUCUGGUUCCCUCAGCAGUGGAUCUGGUUCUUCCCUCAGCAGUGGAUUUGGGUCUGGUUCUUCCUUCAGCAGUGGAUUUGGGUCUGGUUCUUCCCUCAGCAGUGGAUCUGGUUCAAGUUCCUUCGGCAGUGGAUCUGGUUCAAGCUCCUUCAGCACUGGAUUUGGGUCUGGUUCUUCCAGUAGUCAGUUUCAGCCAAGCUCAUCAAGUGGUAGUGGAUUUGGGUCUGACUCUUCACUUAGCAGUGGAUUUGGGUCUGGUUCUUCCUUCAGCAGUGGAUCUGGUUCUAGCUCCCUCAGCAGUGGAUUUGGGUCUAGUUCUUCUCUCAGCAGUGGUUCUGGUUCUUCCCUCACUAGUGGAUUUGGGUCUGAUUCUGGCUCCUUCAACAGUGGAUCUGGUUCUUCCAGUGGACAAUUCCAAUCAGGUGGUAGCGGAUUUGGAUCCAGCUCUUCUGGUGGUCAAUUCCAGUCAGGUUCAUUGAGUAGCAGUGGAUCUGGAUUUGGAUCUUCCAGUGGAAGCACCAAUGGAUUUGGGCCAAGUUCUUCGCUCAGUAGUGGAUUCCAGUCUGGAUCAUCUGGUUCUGGAGUUUCUUCAAUUUCUUCCCUUGGCAGUGGAUCACAAUCUAGUUCUGCAUUUGGUUCCAGUUCCUCUCUUGACAGUGGAUUCCAGCCAGGAUCAUCAUCUGGUUCUGGAAUUAGCUCCAUUUCCUCCCUUGGCAGUGGAUUCCAAUCUGGUUCAAGUUCUGGAUCCCAGUCUGGUUUCUCAUCUAGUUCUGCAUUUGGUUCCAGUUCAUCUCUUGGCAGUGGAUUCCAACCUGGAUCAUCUUCUGGUUCUGGAAUUGGCUCCACUUCCUCCCUUGGCAGUGGAUUCCAAUCUGGUUCAAGUUCUGGAUCCCAGUCUGGUUUCUCAUCUGGAUCUGGAUUUGGAUCAAGCUCUUCCCUUGGUAGUGGAUUCCAGUCUGGUUCACCAUCUGGUUCUGGAAUUAGCUCCACUUCUUCCCUUGGCAGUGGAUUCCAAUCUAGUUCUGGAUUUGGCACAGGUGCUGGAUCCCAAUCUGCUUUCUCAUCUGGUUCUGGAUUUGGUUCAGGUUCUGGAUCCCAGUCUGGUCUGUCCUCUGGAUCUGGAUUUAGUUCUGGUUCCUCCCUUAGUAGUGGAUUCCAAUCUGGUUCAUCUGGUGCAGGAUUUGGAUCAAGUUCUUCCCUUGGUGGUGGGUUCCAAUCUGGUUCAUCUGGUGCAGGAUUUGGAUCAAGUUCUUCCCUUGGUGGUGGAUUCCAGUCUGGUUCAUCUGGUUCUGGUUUUGGAUCAAGUACAAGUGGAUUUGGCUCAGGUUCUUCAAUCAUCAGUGGUUCCUCUUUCGGAAGUGGCUUCCAAGUUGAGCCUUUGCCAGCUGAUGGAGUGUUUGAGCCUCUGAAUCUCCCAGCUGGAGCCUCUCAACUACUGGGAAGAGUCUCAACCUCCUACUCCUGCCUUGACCGUCCCUAUGGAUAUUACGCUGAUGAAGAAAACUCAUGCCGUGUGUUCCAUAUUUGUUACCCAGCUCGUUUCUCUACUGGUGCUAUCGAAACCUAUCAGUACAGCUUCUUGUGCGGUGAGGGAUCUGUAUUCGAUCAAAAGGAACUCACCUGCAAGGUACAGGCUGAUGCUAUCCCAUGCCAGGAAUCCUCUAGUUACUACUACACAAAUGAGCAGUUCGGUCGCCCUGAAGAAAAAUCGCAAUAA